AUGCAACGGAUUAUGCUCCUCCUAGCUGCUGUUGCAGCACUGGUCACAUCCAGCUUGGCAUUGGGCUUCCCCGAUGCCUUUCCGAUGCUGAGGAGAGAGUCGAUAGAGCCUGGCAGUCCACUGUAUGAAUGCCACGCGAAUUGCGGUGGUGUAAUCCUUAUCUCCCAAGACAGCGACCACGACAGUUACUGCUCAAACUCGACAUACAAAUCCGAGUUGAGCGCCUGUCUCAAGUGUGCCCUGACCUACAACAUCUGGCAGUACUAUGGGGACGACGUGGCGUCUGCGGCCGAGGCAUGCGGCGAUAGUGCUACGCCCAGCGCUUCUUCUGCCACCGGCGCUGCAGCGACUUCCACUGCGGCGUCCAACUACUCAACAACGAAUACCGGCACUCGGGCGACCAUCACUUCCUCGGCUACCCGCAGUAGCUCUGCCUCCACCGCAACAUCUACCUCCGGUGGCACAACUGUCACAUUCAGUCUGAGUGCAGUGGUGCUGGUGGUUGCAGCUGUGGCUGGGAUGGGGGCUUUAGCAUGA